AUGCUGCACCCACACGACCGUUGUCCAGCGAUGGUUUCCAUCGCUUGGCGAACUUCCACUUCAAUUAAUCCAUCCAUCGCCCUCUCUCUCUCCCCUCCCUUCCUGUCGCCCUCGCUCUCUCCCCUCGCUUCCCGUCGCCCUCUCUCUCCCCUCCCUUCCCGUCGCCCUCUCUCUCUCCCAUCCCUUCCCGUCACCCUCUCUCUCUCCCCUCCCUUCCUGGUGACCUCGCUCUCUCCCCUCCCUUCCCGUCGCCAUCGCUCUCUCUCCUCCCUUCCCGUCGCCCUCUCUCUCUCCCCUCCCUUCCCGUUGCCAUCGCUCUCUCCUCUCCCUUCCCGUCGCUCUCUCUCUCUCUCUCUCUCUCUCUCUCUCUCUCUCUCUCUCUCUCUCUCUCUCUCUCUCUCUCUCUCUCUCUCUCUCUCUCUCUCCCCUCCCUUCCCGUUGCCCUCGCUCUCUCUUCUCCCUUCCGGUCGCCAUCCAGCUCUCCCCUCCCUUCCCGUCGCCAUCGCAAGAUGCAGUCGUCGUGCUCUUCGCGCCCUUCUUCCCUGCCCUCCCAUCACCCUACCUCUUUCCGCGAUUUUUGCACACUUAUAUCUCUCCUCACGCCCCGUUUCGGGGGGCAAGGGGACCGAGGGCCCCGUGUGGCCUGAGAGUCGUCCCCCAGGGGGGGAAGGGGACCGAGGGUCCCCGUGUGGCCUGAGAGCCGUCCCCCAGGGGAGGGAAGGGGACCGAGGGUCCUAG